UGAUAAAUCAAAAAUUCAACAACUUUUUAACAAAAAUUUUUUGUGUUCAAGUGUUUUAUAAAAAUUUGUCAAGCUGUACGCGACAGGGCAUCACGAUAUGUUGACCAUGGAAACAGACUUAAAAGGCGGCAGUCUACAUGCGACAAUGCCGCCGCAACACAGUGGUUUACAUAGUGCAUAUGGGACGUUAAGCUCAUUAGGCCAUGCCCCAACAAUGAGUUUAGCUCAACAUCAUGCUCAAGCCAUGGCACAUCAUCCACAUCAAUUAACGGGUUUACAUCCGUCACAUCAACAAUCACAACCACCAUCAAAUCAAUUAAGUGGAUUGCAUCAACCACAAAAUAGUCAACCGCCAUCAAAUAAUCAAUCACAUCAUCAACAAAGUGGUCCAGGUGGUGGUAGUGGCGGACCUGGAUCCGGUGGAUCCGUAAAUCCGCAUCAACCACAACAGUCGAUUACAACAUCACAUAAUAAUAACUCAAGCGCCAAAAAUCAAAAUAUUGAUCGUGUUAAACGGCCAAUGAACGCGUUUAUGGUAUGGUCACGUGGCCAACGAAGAAAAAUGGCACAAGAGAAUCCCAAAAUGCAUAAUUCUGAAAUAUCAAAACGUUUGGGUGCUGAAUGGAAAUUAUUAUCGGAAACAGAGAAGAGGCCUUUCAUCGAUGAAGCAAAACGAUUACGUGCUGUACAUAUGAAAGAGCAUCCUGAUUAUAAAUAUCGUCCCCGACGGAAAACAAAGACAUUAUUAAAGAAAGAUAAAUAUCCAUUAGGUUCCUCAGGUUUAUUGCAAUCAGAGCAAUCAAGAACCGCAGCAGCAGCACAACAAGCGGCCGCCGCUCGUGAUAUGUACCAAAUGCCUAACGGUUAUAUGCCUAAUGGCUAUAUGAUGCAUGAUCCAUCGGCGGCUAGUUAUCAACAACACGCGUAUAAUACUCACAUGGCUGCAAGUCAAGCGUACCCUAGAUACGAUAUGGGACAAAUGCAACAUUCCCAUUACAUGAAUGGUGGCUAUGGAAGUAUGUACGGCACAGCCACAACGGGCACAACAGUUCCAGGUGGUGCUGGCUCACCGUAUGGUAUGCAACAAGCUGGUUCAUCACAUAGUCCUAGUGGGUCCAGUGUAAAAUCUGAACCUGUAUCCCCAUCAUCCGGUUUACAUACACCUACACCAUUACCACCAAAACGUGAUUAUCAAGCACAAGUAAUGUCCCAACAACCACCACCCCAACAACAGGGUGAUUUACGGCAAAUGAUUUCAAUGUAUUUACCUACCGAUGUAAAUACAGCCCAACAUAUGCAACAAUACGUACAUCAAGGUUCACCCGAUUUACAAGGUCCAGGUCCAGGUCCUUUAGCACCAGCCUUAGCGCAUAUGUGAGAACCACUUUACGGCGGUGGACCACACUCGCCAGAACUAGAUGGAAUCCCGCCAUUAAUGCAAUGUGGAGGUCCCGAGUAGUGUGAACUUUUUUUUAAAUAAUUUUUUUUGCAAAUUUG